UUAUUCUGGGCAAUGCGUGGAGAUAAACAUCGAGGGGCAAUGGAGGUAAAUGUCAGUUCCUUUGGAUGGGUGUUAUUUCAACAAGUUCGUUCGAAGACUAUGGACCUGAGCCUGCGUGAUGCUCUGGGUGGAGGCGGAGGCGGAGUCCCAGGUGGCACCCCGGCUGAGGCUAUACUGAAGAGAGACUUCAUGAGUGCGCUGGAGAAAGAGAGCUAUGACAACAAGGUGGGAGAGACAAUGACCAAGAGUGACUACCGACCUUUGCUGGAUGGAAAGGACGCCAAAAUUGGUGUUGGGAUGACCUCAUCAGUGAAUUUACCAGGUGGACGCCAGGACCCACCUGGCCAGCCAGCAUUCACUUCUGACUACCUGUCUGGGUUCUCUCAGUCUGCAAUGAGUGGGAAUAUGGGUUCCACCAUCCCACCAUUCCAGACGAAUGUGAACUCCACUCUCGGCCAGAUGGGGAUGGGAAAACCGGCAGAUACACAGAAAACCUCUGGUCCCUUUGGUCCAGAGCCUCAAAACAUCAGUAUUACCAGUGGCAACAACCCCUUCAAACCAAGUGAUCCAUUUCCUUCUGGUGGUCCAGGAGUCCAUUCUUUGGACCGCAGCCCAGCUCCGACCCUUUCUCCCAGCGGCUCACUGGAUGACAGCAGCCCCACUUCCUCCACUUCUGAUCCCCUCAGCCCUGAGCGAUCGGCGUGCGAGGCUGGCAAGCAGCAGCAGAGGCGGAAGAAAAAGAAGAGGAAGGGGUGUGGCGAUGUGUACAGCUUCUUGGAUAGUCAAGAGAAUAAUGGCUAUUCUGACAAACAUGGCUCGCAGGAUAAGGGUGAGCAGGAGGUCGAGAAGGAUGAUGAGGAAGACAACUGGGAGUGGGAAAUCCGUGAGAGUGGAGCAGGGGGUAGAGUGAAAGGCAAGAAGUUGAAGAGUCGGGCAAGACUUCCAAAAGAGUGGGGCGCACCCCAGCAACCAGCGUUUCACAUUCCAUCUGCAGUUGUUCCUACUUCUGCUUCAGCAACUGAUUUUGACCCUACAGACUCCAAUGCUCUAAAGUCUGGCCCCAGUCAAGGUUUCCCUGCGUCCAUGCAAAUACCGACAAGUCUGACCAACCGCUUCCAUGAUAUCUCUGCAGCAGACUCUUCUCCCCACUCCUCAGAGCCCAUGUGUGUCGAUAUCAGCCCUGUGUCUAUAAAUGUGACCAGCAAACCUCAACCUAUUAGUUCAACUGGCAACACUAGCAACAAGAGCCAAAUGCUUGUAUAG